GCUCAUUAUCCGCACACUCAACCUGACCCCUCUUUUAUAUACAUGUGCAUUAUAAAAUAUUUUCUGUUUCAUACUGUUUUGUAUAUAUGUAUUCUGCUGCCAAUGUUUGACCAGCGGCCUUUUUUUAAUUGUUAAAUCAUUAUUCUUAUGAUUUCCCACUGCAUAUAAGUAUACCCAGAUCACCAUUACAGAACCAUGAAACCAGAAACUGUGUUUUUGUUUAUCAAGAUUCAACACUGAAACAUAAGAGAAAAAACAGUGUCAACUGUAUUUUCUUGGUCUAACUUUUUAUUUUACUAGUGAAAUCGAGGAACUGUGUUUAAGGGUAUCAGAAACAAGAUUGUUCAGGAUCUUGGAAGUGGUUAAAAAAUGGCAGCUGCAUUAGCAGCAGAUGAUUUAGCAAGAAUAAGUAGUAGCAGACAAGUGGGGAAUACUAGCAAGAGAAGCUGGGGAUCAACGAGUGUAAGAGAGCUAUGGAAUGCGCCUGAUGUGUUUGAGAAAAGUUCAAGGCACCACCAUAUUAUGGAGGAAGAUGAUGAAGAAGAGCUGAGAUGGGCUGCUAUAGAGAGAUUACCAACUUAUGACAGGGUUAGAAAAGGGAUUUUGAAGCAGGUUUUGAGUAAUGGAAAAAUUGUGCAGAAUGAAAUUGAUGUUACUCAGCUUGGGAUUCAUGAAAAGAAGCAGCUUAUGGAGAGUAUACUUAAGUUUGUUGAGGAAGAUAAUGAGAGGUUCUUGUUGAGGCUCAGGAAUAGAACUGACAGGGUAGGAAUUGAGAUCCCUAGGAUUGAAGUGAGAUUUGAGAAUUUGUCAAUUGAAGGAGAUGCACAGAUUGGGAGUAGAGCACUUCCAACUAUUCUUAACUCUUACCUCAAUGCAGCAGAGGCUGUUCUUGGAAAAUUUGGGCUUUCUCCAUCAAAGAAAAGGGUUGUUAAGAUACUACAAGGUGUCAAUGGCAUAGUGAAGCCAUCAAGGCUAGCAUUGCUUCUCGGGCCACCGGGAUCAGGGAAAACAACUCUGCUAAAAGCACUUGCAGGGAAACUUGAAGAUGAUUUAAGGGUUUCAGGGAAAAUCACCUUCUGUGGCCAUGAAUUUUCUGAGUUUGUUCCUCAAAGAACCUGUGCUUAUAUUAGUCAGCAUGACCUUCAUAGUGGCGAGCUGACAGUCCGUGAAACGUUGAAUUUCUCUGGACGUUGUCUGGGAGUUGGAUCCAGAUAUGAGAUGCUAUUGGAGUUGUCGAGAAGAGAGAAAGAAGCUGGUAUCAAACCUGACCCUGAAAUUGAUGCAUAUAUGAAGGCUAUUGCUGUGGCUGGUCAGGAAGCCAGUAUGAUUACUGAUCAUAUUCUGAAGAUGCUUGGAUUGGAUGUUUGUGCUGAUAUUAUGGUGGGAGAUGACAUGAGAAGGGGGAUCUCCGGUGGUCAAAAAAAGAGAGUUACCACUGGAGAGAUGUUGGUUGGACCAGCACAAGCAUUUUUCAUGGAUGAAAUUUCAACAGGGCUAGACAGCUCUACUACAUUCCAAAUAGUCAAGUUCAUGAGGCAGAUGGUUCAUAUCAUGGAUACUACAAUGGUUAUCUCUCUUCUGCAGCCUGCACCGGAGACAUAUGAUCUCUUCGACGACAUUAUCCUACUUUCAGACGCUCAGAUUGUGUACCAAGGUCCAAGAGAGAAUGUGCUCGAGUUCUUUGAAUAUAUGGGAUUCAAAUGUCCAGAAAGGAAGGGUGUUGCUGACUUUCUGCAAGAAGUAACUUCCAAGAAGGACCAAGAACAAUAUUGGUUUAGAAAGGACCAACCAUACAGAUAUACCACAGUACCUGAGUUUGCAGAAGCCUUCAAUUCAUUUCACAUCGGUGACAAUAUCUUGGAAGAUCUUAGAAUUCCGUUUGAUAAGUCUAGAACUCACCGUGCUGCUUUGGUUAAAGAAAAGUAUGGCAUAACCAAUUGGGAACUCUUUAAGGCAUGCUUUUCCAGAGAAUGGUUGUUGAUGAAGCGCAACUCGUUUAUCUACAUUUUCAAGACUACCCAGAUAACCAUCAUGGCCAUAAUUACAUUCACUCUAUUCUUGAGAACUGAAAUGAAAGCUGGUCAGAGAGCAGAUGGAGGAAAGUUUUUUGGAGCACUUUUCUUCAGUCUCCUUAAUGUCAUGUUCAAUGGUUUUGCAGAGCUCGCAAUGACGCUCUUUAGGCUUCCUGUAUUCUUCAAGCAGAGAGAUUCCUUGUUUUACCCUGCAUGGGCGUUUGCCCUGCCGAUUGCCAUCCUCAGAAUUCCCCUUUCAUUUCUGGAAUCUGCAAUUUGGAUCAUCCUUACAUACUACACCAUAGGCUUUGCUCCUUCUGCUAGUAGGUUUUUCAAACAGUUCUUGGCAUUCUUUGGAUUACAUCAGAUGGGUCUUUCUCUCUUCCGUUGCAUAGCAGCCAUUGCAAGAACAGAAGUUGCUGCAAAUUCUGUUGGAUUUCUGGUCCUGCUAAUGGUCUUUAUGCUUGGAGGCUUCAUUGUUUCUAAAAACGACAUUGUGUCAUGGUUGAGAUGGGGUUAUUAUGCUUCUCCAAUGACAUGUGGACAAAAUGCCAUUUCUAUAAAUGAGUUUCUUGAUGACAGAUGGAAUACUCCAACUGGAAAUCCUAGCGCACCUACAGUGGGAAUUUCCCUCCUUAAGGAAAGAGGCCUAUAUACAACUGAAAGCUGGUAUUGGUAUAGUAUUGCAGCACUUUUUGGGUUUACAAUUCUUUUCAACAUUCUUAUCGUUGUAGCGCUGACAUUUUUGAAUGCUCCUGGUGACAAGAAGACUGUGAGUUCGGAUGACAAUUCUGAUGAUGAUAUUAAGAAGUCUCUAUCAAAUUCAGGAGGAAUUGAAUUGGCAAGGACAAAUGCUCAAGAGCAUAACAUCUCAAAUAGUCAGUCAAAAAAAGGAAUGGUUUUGCCUUUCCAGCCUCUUUCGCUCGCUUUUAAUCAUGUGAAUUAUUACGUGGAUAUGCCUGCGGAAAUGAAAACUCGUGGUGUUGAAGAGAACCGGCUACAACUGCUACGAGAUGUCAGUGGAACUUUUAGACCCGGUACUCUGACAGCAUUAAUUGGAGUCAGUGGGGCUGGAAAGACCACGUUGAUGGAUGUGCUAGCUGGCAGAAAGACCGGUGGUUACAUUGAAGGAACUUUAUGUAUUUCUGGUUACCCGAAGAAACAAGACACAUUUGCUCGGAUAAGCGGUUACUGUGAGCAGAAUGACAUUCAUUCUCCAUUUGUUACUGUUUAUGAAUCUCUGUUAUACUCUUCCUGGCUACGUCUUGCUGCUGAUGUGAACGCGGAAACAAGAAAGAUGUUUGUAGAAGAAGUUAUGGAAUUGGUAGAGCUUAAUCCAAUACGGAACGCCAUAGUUGGACUUCCCGGAGUGGAUGGCCUUUCGACAGAGCAGCGAAAGAGGCUGACUAUAGCCGUAGAGUUGGUUGCUAAUCCUUCUAUCAUCUUUAUGGAUGAGCCCACAUCAGGCCUUGAUGCUCGAGCUGCUGCCAUUGUUAUGCGUACUGUGAGGAACACUGUGGACACAGGACGAACAGUUGUAUGCACAAUUCAUCAACCCAGCAUAGAUAUCUUUGAGGCUUUUGAUGAGCUGUUGCUAAUGAAAAGAGGAGGACAGGUGAUUUAUGGUGGAUCUCUCGGUCGGCAUUCGCAUAAGCUGGUUGAAUAUUUUGAGGCCAUACCAGGUGUUCCCAAGAUCAAGGAUGGUUAUAAUCCUGCUACUUGGAUGUUAGAGGUCAGCUCUAUUGUUAUGGAGGCUCAACUUAGUGUGGAUUUUGCAGAACUUUAUGCCAACUCUGGUCUCUAUCAGAGAAAUCAGGAGCUCAUCAAGGAACUGAGCACUCCACCACCAGGCACCAAGGAUCUUUACUUCCCUACCAAAUACUCCCAAAACUUUAUAACUCAAUGCAAGGCUAAUUUUUGGAAACAGAACUGGUCAUACUGGAGGAACACAAAAUUUAACACUAUUCGGUUCAUUAUGACAAUUGCCAUUGGUAUUUUGUUUGGUCUUGUAUUCUGGAGCAAAGGAGAUCAAUUUCAAAAGCAACAGGACCUGUUAAAUCUUUUGGGAGCUACAUAUUCUGCUCUUAUGUUCCUUGGAGCUAUCAAUGGUAUGGCUGUAACAUCUGUUGUGGCUAUAGAGAGAACAGUCUUCUAUCGCGAAAGAGCAGCCGGAAUGUAUUCAGAAUUUCCUUACGCAUUUUCACAGGUGGCUAUAGAGACAAUUUAUGUUGCAAUCCAAGCUGUUAUAUAUUCUGGAAUUGUUUACUCGAUGAUUGGAUUGGAAUGGAAAGCGGACAAAUUUCUAUACUUUUGUUACUUCAUUUUCAUGUGCUUCACCUACUAUUCACUCUAUGGGAUGAUGGCUGUUGCCCUAACUCCAGGCCAGCAAGUUGCCUCAAUUGUUAUGUCUUUCUUCCUCAGUUUAUGGAACUUGUUCUCCGGUUUCAUUCUCCCCAGGCCGCUGAUUCCUAUAUGGUGGAGAUGGUACUACUGGGCUUCUCCAGUAGCUUGGACUAUUUACGGAAUCUUCGCAUCUCAAAUUGGUGAUUACAAAACCAUGCUCGAAAUACCUGAAUCAGAGCCUGUUGCUGUGAAUGUAUACCUGAAGCAGGUUUUUGGCUAUGAACAUGAUUUUCUCGUAUACGUUGUUAUUGCACAUGUUGGUUGGGUUCUGCUCUUCUUCUUUGUCUUUGCUUACAGCAUCAGAUACCUCAACUUUCAGAGAAGAUGAUAAUUUUUUAUACUCAAAAUCAGAAUAAUUUUCAAUUCCUGAAGAUCUUUUUCUCUACUUGGGUAGAAUUUUAGAAGCUUGAUUGUAUAAUAAUAUACCUGUCAGGACAAAAACCUGGAGAAUUCUCCUCAUACUUUCUUUUUUUUAAUUUUUGUUUUCUGCUAGGUCCCUAGACUAGUAUAUGUAUUUCAUUUAGGUCCUUUUUAUCAUUUUAUUCCACUAUAAAUAUGUAAAUUGUAUUCUUUUAUAAUGAAUGAAGCAAGUUCUAUA